GUUUACUGCGCGCUGUCACCCGCCAAGUACCGUGGACCACCUUCGAGCCUUCUAUUUCACAGUAGAUUUUUAAAGCUUGAAGAUACUGUAUCAGGAUGCCUCGAAUACUGAGCUAUACACCCUCGUGGCUGAGUCGGUCGCAACCUGGCUAUGAGCUCUUUUCGAGCUCUAAGACAACGCCUGCUGGAAAACGGGCUGCUGGCGCAUUAUCUAAAGGGAUCGCAAAAGGAAGACCACAACGAACCAUAGCGUAUCGUGGAUCAGAAAUAUUUGUAGCUACAGAUAGCGAGAUUCGAUGGUCAGAUCUCGUUCUCCUCUCGGAAAGCAACAGACCUCUGGAUUUUGGUCGAUCCUCAAGCAUACACAGCAGAAGCCGGUCCCGCGAUAAUUCGGUAACAGCACCGAAUGAUUCGAGUUACGUUCGGACCCUCAGGCUACCUUUCUCUGGCAAUGUGACAGAGCUGGCUAUCUCACCUCAUAACGAUUACAUGGCGAUUACGACCUCCCAUACAGUCCAUAUUGCGAUUCUUCCCGACUCAAGUCACCUAGGUACCCCAGAUACGACACCAUUAAAGCUGAAGACAUUUCAGCUGGGUCCCACAGCGCAUGUGUUGGAACAGUCACCUGUGGCCUCCAUAAAAUGGCACCCUCUUGGCGUACAAGGCAAAUGCUUGGUCACAAUCACAGAAGACGGUUCCAUCAGAAUGUGGGAGCUGGACAAAGACGAUCGCUCAAGCUUCAGCGAACCCACACUUGCGAUCAACCUGCAAAAGCUAGCAAACGCUACAAGCGCGGAUGCUGAUCUGAGGGCCUCCGUUUAUGGCUCCGGCAAAGCUUUCUCCCCUGACAUGGCUGAGCUUCAGGUUGCUGCAGCCUGUUUUGGGUCACCAUCUAAAUCAAGGGCGGCCUGCGAUUGGUCCUCGAUGACUCUCUGGAUUGCUACCACGGGAGGUGACGUCUAUGCUCUCUGCCCGUUGUUACCUAAACGAUGGCAAGUUGAGGUCCCCCUGUCCCAGACCGACCCGUUUGGAGAACUGGGGGCCGGCAUAGCGGCGAAGUGCCAUCUAUCGACCAGGAACUCUUCCGACGCAAAUCCCAAGAGGGCGGAAGCGCAGAGAAAGUGGCUUACGGAAGUCACGAGUCAGAUUCCAACGUCGCUCGGUGGGGAAUCCUUAGCACGUCCAGCCGAAGUAUAUCAGCGACCCACCAAGACUCCAGCCAUCCCCAGAUUACAAGGACCUUUCGAAAUCAUGCCCGAGAUCGAGAUUGAAGGCGAGGCAGAUGUUUGCGACAUAUUCGUGACACCAUUGAAAGAGACGAAGGAAGAUCUGUUGAAAGAAGAUGAGGAUGAGUUCGAUUCUGAGGAUGAGGAUGUUGAAGGAUCUCUCAUACUCCUGUCUACUACGUCUGGCAUUGUACAUUGCUGCUUGGAUCUGAACGGAGUUGAGGCUCAGUGGCUACCUAGUCGUACCGACACACGUACUAUCGAAGAAGGAGAUGACUUGGCGCUUCUAGUCGUUGACAGCAUCGCCUUACCAAAAGGACAUGGCGAAAAUGUAUGGAUACCCUUCACACCGGAUGUGCGAUCACAGCACGCAGUAUUUGUGACACACCAACAAGGGGUCUAUUACAUAUCUCUGUCUAAAUGGAUCGAGAAAGUAUCGACAGAGUUGAGUGUAGCUGAGAGAGAAGGCGCAGAAUUUCGUAUGGACGUGCUCCUCGAGGGGAGUCGUACACUGUCAGAAAGUAUUAUACAGCUUCCAGUAGCUGAGCAACAUUCUGAGCAGGUAUCGUGCUGCAUAGUUCUCGAGGACUCGGAUAUUGGAUACUUUGUCUUGUUCUCGGCUGACCACCAACCAUUUGCCGCGACUUUGGAUAUACCCGAGUAUGAGCUUCACUCGGAAUCUAGGAUGAUUGAAUGGUCUCAGAUGUGUGAAGAGCCAUUGAUGCCAACCUCGGAGCCGCGGUUGCCAUAUCAGCCACCUGUAGCAUUCUGGAAAGAAUCUGAACUUGUUAAAUAUUACGGCAAAACUGUACCGACUAGACAGAAGCGAGCCUUUGCAGAAGAGAUCAAGUUAGCACCAGCUUCUUUGGAUGUUCUUACAGGCUUACAUCGGCUUCUUAGUGCGGAGACCCAUCAGCUGGGCAUUGCUGCGGCCGACCUAUUUCGACGAUGUGAGCGUCUGCAAGAUGAGUUCAAAGAUCAGCUGCGACGGGUAAGCGAGCUAGCACACCGCAUAGACCAAGUCACGGGUGAAGAUGAGGGACAGGAUCUGGUGGUAGAUGGGAAUACGAAGGUGGAAAAGCGCCUCAGCGAGGUCAAUGCCAGACAGGAACAGCUUUCCGCAAGAUACCAAGCCAUCAAGAGCAAGCUGUCGCGAGCUGGCGGGCGGGAAAUGAGCACUGCGGAAAGGUCUUUCGCGGAAGAAGUCGAAGAACUGAAUAGUUCCUUGAAUCCAGAUUCGCAGGCCGACAGCCAAAGUGGAGACAUGCCAGUAUGGAGGAGACUGGAACAGUUGAGGCGACUACAAGAAGGACUCCGAUCAGACGCCAAAGACAUCAUCAGCAAGAAGGAGGCGAGCGCACCGGUCGCGCAGGAUAAUAUACCUUCUCCUCUGAAGAAGCAGAAGGUCAACCAGGUAAUGGAAAUGCUGGAACGUGAAUCAGCUCUUGUGGAGGCGACAGCGAAUCGUUUGAGUCGACUGAGCAUGCAGUCAUUGUAAAAGGUACUCUAGAGACAUAUACUGGCAUUCGGAGCGGCGUUCGUCUACAGGGUGCAUUGUUAUCGGGAUGAGCGAAUGUGUAGAAAUAUGAGGGACGGUGUAUCAAUUGAACCGGGGCUCCUGCUCUGGCCUGAUCAGGCAACAGGACUGUCAUAGUGUCUAUCUUGUUGACUACCUACUUAGCAGUAGGUGAGAGUGCAGAUUACAUAAGCCUCGACACAUUCCCCUCCAGGCUGGCAGUUGCGACUGUCUCCGCGUAAUAUGCUAGGUUGCUAGAUUUGUCACUGUGGGGAUGUAUGAAG